AUGACGACCCUCGAUAACAGUAACCGGACGUGCUCCGGACGCUUCCGAGCGGUUCUAGGGAUAACCUAAGAUUGCUGACGCUACUAAAGUGGUCACUAGGAAUGCCCCGAUGUCAAGCCCGGAACGUCUCAGAAAAACAAUUAUUAGAUCGAAAGCAGAAAUUUAAAAAAAAAAACCUUGUAUGGCGGCAUAUUUAAUUAAGCUCAAAAACCAUUUUAAAAAAAUUGAGAAAAAUAAUAUAGUUUAGAUUAUUUAUAUAAUGAAAAUUUCAAAAAUGCAUCAGCCAAUUCAAUUUGGCUCUAAUUACACGAACUAUUUUUACAAGAAGAACAAAAAAAUACAAAAAAACGCGAAAAAUAGAGAGCCCAAAAAAAUUAAAAAAAUUUUAAAUUUCAAAAAGUUUUUUUAGUGUCUCCUUUAGCCUCAUUGAAAUUAGAGUUCUAAUCAGAAAAAAACAAUUAAUUCUCUGCAAAAAAACGUGAACAUCGUUGCAAGGCGUCAUUUUCUUGAUAUCGAAAAAAAUAAGACGUACAAAAAGCCACGUGGCAACGUGUCAUUUUUUUGUGUGGCGUGGGUUCAAACGUCAUUCCUGCUUCCCUCAUGAGUCGUCUUGCUACUGCAUUCAACUUCAAGAUGAGUUUUAAACUUCCAUAAAUCUUUAAAUUUCCAAAAUAAGUCUCUGAGUUGUAAGCGCUAGUAGAUUAGGCCCGCGGGACUCCCGGAGUGCCGAUCCUCUUUGCUUGCAAAUUGGAUACGCAAAGUCACGCCGAAGCCCAUUCCAGUGGCCGAAGCAUAAACUGUUGGCAGCGCGAUGCUGACAAAGCGAUGAUGGGACCCCCGCGGAAAAUGCCGUCACGGCCUUCGGCGUCUAGGGAUCUUAGUUCUGACAAGGCCGAGCGGAGCUCUAGCGCACCGCCUAGUUAGUUCUUCUGACUGCAUAAAGCUUCCCUAACUAACUUACGACUUUACAAAGCUAAUCAGCCAAAACGUCGCGAUUCGAUAAAUGCACUCGACUCACUUUUUUCAAUCUUGAAAAUAUUGCAGGAAGCUCUCAACGAACGUGUUCGGAUCAAUACAUGGAGGAUCGACGUAAAAGUUUAAAUAAAGCAGUUUGAUAUCUAAAAAAAGAUUUUUUUAAUCAUUUUUCCUUCAGAAAGAACGUCUGGAAUGAAAAUUGGAAACGAAUUAGCGCAUUGGAACAUUAGUCUACUACUGGCUGGAACAAUUGAUGUGAGGUUUUGAAAGUUUAAGUUUCGAAAAAUUUUAUGAUGAGAAAAAAGAAGGCUUGUCUUUAUUGACGCAGAAUUGAAGCCAGAAAAAACCUCGAGCCGAUAUAUAAAAAUUGAAAAAAAGUUGGUUAUUAGAAACUCUCGCGAAGAUGCUAGAAUGUGCGGUUUUUUCUUAGUUGUGAGUACAAAUUUAUAUCGCGAUCGCGAUAAUUCACUUAAAUUUAUAUCGCGAUCGCGAUAAUUCACUCGGUCUCGCACUUUUCUGGUCGCAAGCUCCCACUUUCCUAGGCGCGAGCUCGCAUUUCUCUUGCAAUUUGAAAUUUCCGAAAUGCAAGAUGAAUGCGAGGUCGCGCCGAGAAAAGUGCGAGCUCGCGCCCAGAAAAAUGCGAGAUUUUUGCGAGCUCGUCAAAGUACCGCCACCGACCUCGCGUUUCAUCUCGGCAGUUAUUCUUAGUGAAAUAAUCGAUUAUGAUUCAAGGCCGCAGACACUCUGCCUGCGGAGAAAAUAAUUUAACUUUACGAGCAGCUCUUUUUGAUCCAAUAUAUAUUUAUAUCCUAUUUUCCGUAUUUGGAAGUUUUCUAUCUUUAAAAAUUCAGUUGAUGAAGAUGAUGAAAAAUCCGGCUUCCUCAAUCAAAGUAGCGACUAGAUCCAUCAUGGAUCCAUGGACGUUUGAUCAACUGCGAGGACGGCUGAACAACAUCAGGUACCAGCCCAACGCUCUUAAAAGCAGCUGA